AUGGAGACUUCCAACAUUACCACUCAUCCCACCACGGUUGAGCAGGCCAAGGCCUUCACUGCGCCUGGCUCUCUGUCCUUCCCCGGCGGCGCCCAGGAGUUUGCUCCCCUGGCUCCCAACGGUCAGGUCAGCAACCAGCAGGUCGCAAACGGCAAUGGGGUGACUCCCGCGACCCCCGCUGCGACGCCUGGUGCCUUGGUGGGCGGUAGUGGCCUCACACCCACGCUUCAGUGA